AGUAAAAACUUGCCCCCGUCCCCGGUGCCGGCCGGCGCGGAGCAGCGCGGGGAGCGGCCCCAUGCCGUCCGGCGGGCCGGGGCCAGCCCCGGGGGCACCCCCCGGUGACACCCCGCGCAGCUCCCGCCGCUUUUCCCCGGGCCGUGCCCGCAGGAGGAGUCGCGCUCUGCGCCCCGGGAGGAUCGCUGUGAGCCUGCGGGCAGGCAGGUGAUCUGCCUGCCAGUCCUGGUUACACUUCUUCCCACCUCCCGCCUUACUUCCCCCCCGGCUGGACAACUCCCUCCCUGGAGAACACGCCCAAGUAGCUGAAAAAGAGAGAAAGCGAGGAGAAAAGAAAAAAGGGGGGUGGGGGGGAGCAGGGAGACAGUUACCGCUGGACCGGGGGGAGCCGCCGGCGCUCGGGAGGAUCCCGCAGCCCGUGCCCUCCCGGCAAUAAAGCGCUACGUGUGACAGGCAUACAAAUCCGGGAGCGCGGGAGCGGCGGGGCCCGGCGGGCCAUGCUGAGAGUCUGCGGGGGCUCGCCGGGGCGCAGCGGCAGGGCGCGGCGGCGCGGGGGGCCCCGCUCGGCCGGGCGGCCCUGACCCCACCGCACCGCCGGGACCGGGACCGGCCCCGGGCCGGCUGCGCGGCACGCACCGUUUCGCACGUUGGGCUGAGACACGGCAAGCAAGGAAUAUGAACAGGAAAACAAGGCGCUGGAUCUUCCACAUCUUCCUGAGCCUGGGGAUUGUGUAUAUCAAGAUUGGGGGUUUUUCCUCUGUGGUGGCCCUGGGAGCCAGCAUCAUCUGUAACAAGAUCCCGGGUCUGGCUCCCCGGCAGCGGGCGAUCUGCCAGAGCAGGCCCGACGCUAUUAUCGUCAUCGGGGAAGGGUCCCAGAUGGGCAUCAACGAGUGCCAGUUCCAGUUCCGCAACGGGCGCUGGAACUGCUCUGCCCUGGGAGAGAGGACUGUCUUCGGGAAGGAGCUCAAAGUGGGUAGCAGAGAAGCAGCAUUCACAUACGCCAUCAUUGCUGCUGGAGUAGCACAUGCAAUCACAGCUGCCUGUACACAGGGCAACCUGAGUGACUGUGGCUGUGACAAAGAAAAACAAGGACAGUACCAUAAGGAGGAAGGAUGGAAAUGGGGAGGCUGCUCUGCAGAUAUCAGAUACGGAAUAGGAUUCGCCAAAGUGUUUGUGGAUGCCCGGGAGAUUAAGCAAAAUGCAAGGACACUCAUGAAUCUGCACAACAAUGAGGCUGGGCGGAAGAUUCUGGAAGAAAAUAUGAAGUUAGAAUGCAAGUGCCAUGGGGUCUCAGGAUCUUGUACCACUAAAACAUGCUGGACAACUCUGCCUAAGUUCCGGGAGCUGGGCUACAUCCUUAAGGACAAAUACAACGAAGCUGUUCAAGUCGAACCAGUGAGGGCAAGUCGUAACAAGCGUCCCACCUUCCUGAAAAUAAAGAAGCCACUUUCCUAUCGUAAACCCAUGGAUACAGAUUUAGUGUACAUAGAAAAAUCUCCCAAUUAUUGUGAAGAAGACCCUGUCACUGGCAGUGUGGGAACACAGGGCAGGAUGUGCAACAAGACAGCCCAGCAGUCCAAUGGCUGUGAUCUCAUGUGCUGUGGUCGAGGUUACAAUACACACCAGUACUCAAGAGUGUGGCAGUGCAACUGCAAAUUUCAUUGGUGCUGCUAUGUUAAAUGCAACACUUGCAGUGAGAGGACAGAAGUAUAUACCUGUAAGUGAGCAUGUGGCUGGGCAGGCUGGCAUGUCCCUGGCCAUGAAUACAUUUGCACAUGCACUCAAAGUACCUACGCAAGACUGUAGGAAAGACCUGCUCUCCCAGAAGAAAUGCUGAUGAAUGGAGCCCUCUCUUUUCUUCUCAUGUUUCAUUGCUUCUGUGAAUACACAUUUCAGACUCUUAUAAAAGUCAGCCAGGAAACAAAAACAAAGAACCCCCACCCUGAGCCACCUGACACACAAAACAGAGAGAAAAAAGAUCAUCUCAGUUAAUGUGCGCCUCUAAAGCAAGAAGUAUUGACUGCCUUGUGAAGAGACACCACUCAGAGGAAAAGCUCUGAGCAUGGCAACUAACUCUUGGUUUGGAAAAACAAUGGGGAAAAACUUCAGUGUAACAAGGAGCAGGGAGGGGCAGAGGAGAAAUCCUCAAAAAGGGCUUUGCACAGGAUGGGAUGGACAGUGCCUUGUCGUGAACUGCCCAUGUGAGUGUGUGGAUGACACAGAUUUAGGCUUCUACACUCGUGAAAAGCUUCUGCUGCUCUUGCCCAUCUUUCCACUUCAUACCUUUUGCUACAGCGAGUAGAACUUUUGAAAGUUUCUGUAGACACUGCUUUAUCUGCCUUUCUUGUGUGUGCGUGUGCUGCAGAUUUUAGCACAGGGAGUUGGGACACUUUGGCAUAAUAAUAGCAAUAUUUAACAAUUUAUUCAGAUAAAACUAAUAUUAAUUUAUUUAAUUAAAAAGAACUCUACCAACAUUUUUGGAUCUAUUCUACAAUUAAAGUAGAUAGCUGGCUUUGUGGAAUAAUUUUGUAGAAACGGCAAGGAAAAACGGGGGCUGUAUAUAUUAUUCUUCACUAGGAUAUUUCUAUUAGUUGGACUUGCAGGAUGUGUUCUACAGUACUAGAUGUUUAAGUACAAAAGCUGGCAUCUUUAUAUAUAUGUACAUACACAAACACACACUAUUGUUUUGGGUUUUUGUGUUUGUCUGUUUGUUUGUUUUCUCCUGUUUGCUGCUAGUUGUCUGGAACAAAAGUCAAGUGGUAGGGGUUACAAAUCUUUAUCAGUUUGGGGGUGGUUUUCCUGCCAUUAAAGAAAGAAACGUUACUAAAAUCCUGUUUGAAAUAUGUCGAAAAAAAAAGAAAAAAAGAAAA